AAACGUACCAAGUCUGUUUUAGCAUUAAAUCCGACAAGUGCUAGAGAGUGGCUGUUAGUAUCUAGUGUAGUCUGGCUGUGCGCGUGACAGUAAUUUACGUAUUUGAAAAUGGACAUGAUUUAUGUAUGUUAUUAACAUUUUAAAGUAAAAAAUUCGUUGGUUUACCAGAAUGGCUUUGGAGUAACUUAUUUUUAGUCAGGAUAUACGGCAUGCUCGUCAUAAAAUGGAUUUACUAUGGACUCGUCGUAAUGUCCAGCUAGCAAAGCUCCUUCUGAUUCUUCACUUUUCACUUCUAGUCACAUCCUGCAAGGUAGAACUCAACAACAGUGAGGAAGAUGACCUAGAUCAAGAACUUAAAAACUAUGUAGACAGUGUAUUUAGUGUUAGUGAAAUAAGUAUAGUGCCAGGAGUUAAGAUAGAAGAAAUAAAACAUGUUCCUGAAGAGAAUCGGACAUUUACGGAAAGUUGUGAUAACGCACGUAGCCUGCAAACUUUGCAGGAGUAUGUGGACAAAAAAAUUGAACAGUUCUCAGCAAAGCAUUUGCUUUCUAUAAGCUUACCAGAGACUGCGAGGUUCUUCUCUUCAGGUAUUUUGAACCUAAGUGAGCCCAAUAAAGGGGACUCUGGCAAGAGUUCUUUUUUGGCCGGCUUCGGUAUGGGUUUUCUAGCUUUCGGACUGAAGAAACUAUUGCUGCCAUUCUUUAUAGGUGCCCAAUUAAUCAAGAGCGUCUUGAUUGCUAUGUUCCUGCCGUCGAUUUUGGGAGGACUUGGAAAAAUCGUCGGUAAAGGACUCUCUACGUUUUCCGGAAUAUCUGGUGCUUCGACUGGACUCAAUCAGCACCAGCAGCAGAUUGAGGAUUUCGAGUUUAAAGAUGUAGGUCCUUACAAUAAUGAGAUCGGUGUGGGGCAUCAAUUCAACGCGGAAGCUGCAGCAACGAAUCAGUUGGCAGAAGUGGAUUCCAGUACGUCUGGUAAUGAUAAUAGAUUAGGAAACUCAGCUAACCAAAGAAUCGCUUUUGUGUCACCUCAAAGUGAUAACUACUAUCUAAGAAGACCGAACCGUAAAACCGAUUAUAAGGUUUUCCACAAAAUACCAUCGUCUUCCCUUCUUCUCACCAGUUACGAUCCCUUUUAUAGUCCUCUUCUCUCCCGAUUGGACGCUAUUUUUCAACAACUUGGCCUCGGGACCGAUAAGUCUCCUGGGACGGAAAGAUGUCGAGAACGCCUGGUGUGCAUGAUGUACGCUAAUCCGACCAAAUACGCACCCUACAGCAAUCUGGUUUCGGCACAGCUCAGCAGGGAACUUAACGAACUUCGGAAACCAUCUAGCGACAAUCCAGAUAUUCUUCGGUUUUUCCGUUACAUGAAAGCUGCCAAAGAUGGACAGGAUGGCGAAGAGUGUCACGCCCAUGGCGGAUGUCCAUCUUUAACUACCCACAAAGCUAGUCCAGCGAUGCUCACUACUUAUAACGAUAUAAAUAAGCUAGUUCUAGCGAGAAAUCUGAAAUAGUGUUUCAAACGUAGCAUUCUUUAGCCAUAUUUACUUUGUAGUAAUGCUUUUAGAAGCAGAAAGGACAUAUUUUUUGAUAAAACAAACCAAAUAUUUUAAA